UUUUUUUUAAUCCUUCUGGAGGGAAAGGCGGAGAAAAAGAAAAGGGAAUGGAAUUUGCAAGGAGGGAGGGGGUCAUCUCGCUUCUCUCGUGAAAGUGAAAUUCAUUCCGAAUGCAACUUUGUUACCCGAGAUGGUUCCAUAUCCCCACUCCUGGCCCUGGACCCUCUCGAAGGAGGCCAGGCUGUUUCUGGGUGAAGAGAGUGAGGGGGCUGGGGAGCCGAUAGAAGAAUGCCUUUCCAGCCACUGAACGCUGAGGUUCAGGGUACACUGAAGGUGGAGAGCCCGAGGGGAAGGACAAGGGGAUAAGUCUCGUUACACCGCGCUAGAGCUCACCGGCCUUUCUCUUCGGCAACCCAACUCCCUUCCCUCCCCCUCACCCCCCACACCCCGGAACCCCCGCCUCCAAGUGUCGGCUCUGCGGCUGGGAACCUGGGCAGUACUUCCUUCUUUUCCCUCCUGUGCAGACUCUAGGCUUCUAUUCCUAAUCUGAGAAGAAGGAGAAAGGGGGCUUCCUCCCGAGUGUCUGCAGUUUAGUCAGGGUGGUGCCCAAACGCCCUUACCUCCUCAUUCCCUACUCUGUAGCCAUCCCGCUUCCUUUUUUCCCUUCUUUUCCUCGCUGCCAGGCCCUAAAUCCCAGCCUGUCUUCUCCACACACAUCAUCUCCCACCGAACCUCUAUUUCCCUUCCUGUUCUCUAGUCAGUUCCUAGAUCCUAGGGCAAUAGGGACACGCAGGUAAAGGAGUGGGGUUCGGAAGGGUGGAAUCGGGGGAGGGACUAGUCUAGAUUCAGCCAGAGACCCAAGCCACACCGGCUGCUGUCCGCGGUACUGAAGCUAGGCGGAACUCGGGAAAAGGAAGAGUUCGUGAAGCUUGGGUUUGGGGUAUAGGAAUAGAAAGGAAGGGUAAGGUACAACCACCAACACCUGGCAUGACUUGGAUGCCCUUGUAUGACGCAUCCCGCAUAUACUCCUGAGCUCUCCGGGGUGUUUGCUCCUAAAGGAAGGGAGGCAGUGGAUCAAACACGAGAGGUCACCCCAAGCUAUGGGUCAAAAAAUGCUUUGACAGUUUCUCGGCGUCCGGUUACUCAGAUUAAAAUUUGAAGAAGGGAAGGAGAGCUAAAUUAAACUUCGGACUUCAAUGCAAUAAGUCUGCAGGAUACCAGCUCCCCGCAUCCGUCCAGUUCCAUCCCCAAAGUCCGCCAGAAGCCCCGUAAGGCAUGAAAAGUUCGAAGUUGGCUCUGAGACCACCAGUGACUGCUCCAAAGAGGGUGGUGGAGAGAGUAGCUUCCCAGAAGGUUUGACGACCAGAGGUGCCAGACACCUGUUCUAAUACUCAGGUACUAAGAGUAGGGCUUAGUACACGGAGACUGGGAGGCGUCACUGCAGCUUAGUCCCCCCCCCCUCCCUUCUUCCUCCCCCACACACCCCGCCCCGGGCGCGGGUGACUCCGCCUCUCUACACCAAGCAGUUCCCAGCCAGGAGCUAAGGUAGAGGACGCUUUUUACCGGACCUUGCUUGGCUGCUUGCUCUUAAACCCGUUGCCGAACAGAAGAGAGAAAGGGCCCGGAAUUCGGAGCUAAGGAAGCUCCGAAGGCUGCAUCUGGCUUGUAUUGCUUUCAUGGGACGUGACUCGGGGCUCUCGCCUACACCUGCAGUCUCACAAUCCUAGGCGCCUGGGGUCGGUCCCGGAGUAGGGAUCUCCUCCCUGGCCCCCAGCUCUGUGGCUUCCUGAGAGAGGAGUAUGAGGGACCGAGGUCAGCCGGGCCCGGCCACGGGGCGGCAGGGAGCUAGCUGGAUAGUCCUGAGCCUAAGGGAGGAGGAAGAGGAGAGCGGUGAGUUGAUCUGGCGUCGGGGGGCUGAGACGAGUAUCCUGGCCCCGCAGUACUCAAAGCAAAUCUUAGCCCCUGUGCCAGAGCUGAAGGGGCAGUCGAAUCUGUUCUGUGCCUAGAGGCUCGGAGGAGACGGCGGGAGCCGCCCUUCCGGCAACAGCCUACUGGCCCUUCGGGGGUGGCGUUUAGGGGCUCUGCGGGAGGCUGGAAAGACGGGGCGAGGCUGGGCUCUCCCCACCCCUACUGGCACCAUAUUUACUCUCCUUCUUCUUCGGGCGGGAUCAUUUCCGUACGACCCGCUGUGGGGAUGCAGCUCCUCCAGCCGAGCAUGCUACCCCCGAGGGGCUGAGGUCCGGACCAUGUCAGCCCGGAGUCCCCGGCCCCAGUCCCGCCGCUGCCGCCGUCUCCUGCUCUGCUGUUGCUGCUGCUGCCGCCGUUCUCACCUCAACGAGGACACUGGCCGCUUCGUGCUGCUGGCCGCGCUCAUCGGCCUCUACCUGGUGGCUGGCGCCACUGUCUUCUCUGCCCUGGAGAGCCCCUCUGAGGCGGCGGCGAGGGAACGCUGGAGCGCGACGCUGCGCAACUUUAGCGCAGCGCACGGCGUGGGCGAGGAGGAGCUGCUCUCUUUCCUUCGAGACUAUGAAGCUGCUUUGGCUGCAGGCAUUCGAGCCGACGCUCUUCGUCCGCGCUGGGACUUCACCGGAGCCUUCUACUUCGUGGGCACCGUGGUGUCAACUAUAGGUUUUGGCAUGACUACGCCCUCCACCGUGGCUGGGAAAGCCUUCCUCAUCGCCUAUGGCCUCUUUGGGUGCGCAGGGACCAUUCUCUUCUUUAACCUCUUCUUGGAGCGCAUCAUCUCUCUGCUGGCAUUCAUCAUGAGAGCCUGCCAUGAGCGGCAGCUCCGCCGGAGUGGCCUGUUGCCCCCCACCUUCCGCCGUGGCUCAGCGCUGUCAGAGGCAGACAGCCUGGUGGGCUGGAAGCCCUCUGUCUACCAUGUGAUGCUUAUCCUGGGCAUCUUUGCUGUCAUCCUCUCCUGCUGUGCCUCGGCCAUGUACACCAGUGUGGAGGGCUGGGACUACAUGGACUCCCUCUACUACUGUUUUGUGACCUUCAGCACCAUCGGUUUUGGGGACCUGGUCAGCAGCCAGCAGGAAGCCUACCAAAACCAAGGGCUGUACAGGCUGGGCAAUUUCCUCUUCAUCCUCAUGGGUGUGUGCUGCAUCUAUUCCCUCUUCAAUGUCAUCUCCAUCAUCAUCAAACAGGUCCUGAACUGGAUGCUAAAGAAACUCAGCUGCCAAUGUUGCACCCGCUGCCGGAAGCCCAGCACCCGCCUGGGACGACGCAACGCCAUCACCCCUGGCUCCCGCUUCCGACGCCACCUCACCUCCAUGGAGGCUGACGGGCACUAUGAUAGUGAUGCCGAGGGUCGGAGGUUGUCGGGAGAGAUGAUCUCCAUGCGGGACCUGAUUGCCUCCAAUAAGGUUUCCCUGGCCCUUUUGCAGAAGCAGCUGUCUGAGACGGCCAAUGGCUAUCCCCGAAAUGUGUGUGUCAACACACGGCAGAAUGGCUUCUCAGGGGGUGUGGGGGCUCUGGGGAUCAUGAACAAUCGACUGGCAGAAACAAGCGAUUCCAGGUAGAUAGGGUGUUGGGGGGCUGGGGGUGGGAAGGACAGAGGAUGCAGUUUGGGGGUUUCCUUUUUAAAUUCGCCCUAGGAGAGUGGCACUGUCUAAUUCUUUAGCGAACAAAGCGAAAUACCAUACCAAAUGCCAAUGAUGCUCCCAGGGCUUUUAGGAUCACCAGCUGAUUUCAGAAGUUCCUGAACUACCUGCUAAUUCAUGGGUCUCUUCCCAAAUGGGCUGGGAACCGCCUCUACCAAGCAGGCUCUGAGAAUGAUCCCUCAGCUCCUUGAAGAAGAAGGACCAUCCAGGAUUUCUCUCUGUUGGUAGAAGCAUGGAAAGUAUUCCCCUCGCCAUAGGGCCAUGGGCAAGAACUGCACGAUGUUAUUGCUAGAAAUAGCAUUUUCCCCUAAACCCCAAAAUGUAUGGUGCAGUUUCUCUCGGCUCUAAAUUAAUUCCCAGCGUUUACAAUUUGGACCAAAAAUAGCGAUUCUUUCUGGUUCUCCAAAGUGACAGUUAUAAUAGUUAUGACAGGUUGGGGGUAGGGAGAGCCAUAUGUUGCAUAUAAAUGUAUAUGUGUGUAUAUAGAGAUGUGUAUAUUAUAUAUGUAUGUAUACAGUACACCUAUGAUACACACAAUAUAAUGCUAUAAUAUUAUGCAAUGAGAUAAAACAUAUCACUAAUUCAAAGACUAUUGCCCCCCAUCACACCCCCAAUUCUUAACUUGCACCAAAUAAGGAGAAUUGUUUCAUCCUUUUCUCACCCUGGAAGCAAUUCCGUCAGCAAUCUUUAGCCACAGGUAGGCCAAAUGCCCACUCUGGCAUUGAGACACAAUUCCAUGUCCUAGGAACAUUGCUCCAAGGGGAGGCAGAAGAGAAAUGAAGAGGGGCAUAAGGGUGGCAGGUGGAGGGAAAAUUCUGAGUGUGGCCAGCCACUCCCCAAUUUCCUCCUUACCCUCCAAUCCUACAUGACCUCAGAAAAAACAAAGACAUCAGGAAAUAGCUCACUAGAGCACCUGGUUCAUCAAGGAACAGCUCCGAGUUUGCCCCUCUCUCUUCUGUCAUGAGGGAUGCCCAAAGCCCUCAGUAAUGAGAAUUUCUGACCCUCUAUUGAGACUUAAAGGUGACAUUUCAAAUCUUUCUUUAUGAAUUGAUUCCAAUCAGUUUAGAAGUAGGGAGGCUUGUGGACAGCCCAAGCAGCCCUCUUCUCUGCCCAGCCUCUCCUCUCCUCACUAAGUUCAAUAAUCAAAGCUCCAUUAGACAUUCAGAUAGAGGUAAACCAAAGUAACAAAAUAACAGAUACUCAGAAAGUCAUUCAUUUGCUUUUGGAAUGUGUAACAUGAUUUGGAGGUGAAGUAGCAUCAUCAUUUCCUUCUUAAUUUUCAUUUUGUCAGACUGAAGUUAAAAUUUAUUUGCAUUCCCUGCCUAUAGAAAUCAGCUAAGCAUGGGCAGUUGUGGUCAAAGGAAUCAAAUUGGAUUAAAAAGAGGAGAGACCAGUUUGGCAUUAAAGUUUCACCAUGGGUAAUUCAUAGACAGAGGAGACAAAAUACUCUGUCUCUCCUGGGCUAGUUUGCUCUCUCACUCUUCACACUAGCUGGUUCAGUCACCAACAGGGAGACAAAGAGAUAAAACAAAAAAAAUGAUCUCAUGGCAAAGAUUGCCCUGUUCUUUGUGAAUGCAAAGUGGCCCUGACUUGGUAAAGGGAUCCACUUUCCAUUCUUUGUUAGGAUGAGAAGCCUAGUGAAGUGUAUUUUGUGGUAGAAUCAGAGAACUGGAACAGACCUCCAAGAUCAGCAAGUUCAACUUCAUUUUUUUCAGAUUAGGAAACUGAGAUUCAGAAAGAGGACUAGACUUGACACUUCUUCAUAAUGAACACAUGCUAGACCUAUUACUAGAGACAGCCCUUGGUGUGGAAUAAAGUAUCAGGAGAUCACAAAGAGAUAAGGUUCAUAGGAUCACAUAUUUAGUGCUAGUCCAAUGCCAUCUAUUAGGAAACCAAGGAAGUGAUUUGGCCAUGGUUACACAGGGACAGAGCCAAGAUUCAAAAAUGGGUCCUCUGACUCCAAAUAUACACACUGUUUUCACUGCACCAUACUGCUGGGAAAUUUCCCUAAAAGUUAAGUAAGCAUCUGUAUCUGAUGUGUGUGUGUGUGUGUGUGUGUGUGUGUGUGUGUGUGUGGUGCAUCUAUAUAUAGACAAACCACAUACAUACACACACACAUGUUUUAUGUAUAACCACGAGGAAGUAUCCACGAUGGUGAGAUCACAGAUAUAGCCAAGUGCAUAGAUAUAUAUAUAUACAUAUGCAUAUUAUAUAAAAAGAUUGAAUGAUAAAUUUUUCUCCCUCUUGCAUACUGAACCAGAUCCUAGCAGAAAAGAGAAAAUAACCUAGGAGACAGUAACUUGAUUCAGUCCCUGGAAAGGGGGGUGGGGAGGGAUGAGGAAGAGAAUACCUGUGGUAGUAGGACCAGACCAUUGAAACUCAAAGGCAUCUUAAAGGUCAUCUGGUCUAACCUCUUCAUUCUACAGAUGAAGCAGGAGGUAAAGUGACUUGCCCCAUGGUGCCAUGGAAAGUACCAAGCAGUGUGGCAUAGUGGGCAAAGUGUUGGAUUUGAAAUCAGAGACCGCAAUUUGAAUUCUACCUCUGACACUUAUUAGCUAUGUGGCCAUAUGCAAAACAUUCCCCUAACUCCAAAUCCUGUACUACAUCUUCUUUAUCAGUUGAGAUGAAUAUUAGGACACAAACUCUGAUGGGGGGGGGGAUGCCAGCCAGUGGGUCAACCAAGAUGAGAGAGGAGCAUCUUACAAAGGAUCCAGAAGCUAUUAACCAUGAACUCUGAAGGCAAAGUUCCAAGAAGGAAUCUUCUGAGGGCUAGCAUUCUGAGAGUUACUGUCCAAAGUGCUGAAGUUCAAGGUGUGUUUGCAUUAUCAUAGGCUUAUCAGUCAAGUCUACUUCUCAAAACACUUGCCUCCUCCUAUGUCUCCCACUUCAGUUAGGCCAACUCUUGAGAAUUUUUGAGUACAAAGAUUCCCUGUUACAUUAUCACUUCCAUCAUCUGUGAUUCCUUUGGCUAAACUGCUCUAUGGCUACUGGAAUGUUUUAUUUGGAGCUUUCUUACUUUUGAAAGAGCAGACCUCCCAAAUGCUGAGUGCCAAGUGAUAUUUAGAAAAGCAAAAGCAAAAAGAAACAAGAGAUCAGGAUCAUGCAUCAAAGUGAGAAAAAAAGAAAUACCUUGCUCCUUCAAGUGCUGGCCAUGAUUGACAUCCUAAGGAAGCAACUUCCAGAGAAAGACAGAGACAGACAAAGAUGGGCAGAAUGAGAUGUGGGAGGGAGGGGGAAUGAGGGAGAGAGACAGACAGACAGACAGAUAAAUAAACAGAAAUGGAAGGAGAGAAAGAGAAAGAACCAGACAGACAGACAGGUGGAGGGAGAGAGAGAGAGAGAGAGAGAGAGAGAGAGAGAGAGAGAGAGAGAGAGAGAGAGAGAGAGAGAGAGAGAGAGAGAGAGAUGUCUCCCCAGGGUCAAAGCAACCAAUAUAAUCUAAAAAUAAAGCUUAUCCCUUCAAAAGAGCAAAAGAUUACUAGGCACCCAUUUAGAGCUGUCACCCAGGCAACAUGAAAUAAUGUCAGGAGUUUUCUGAGAAAUUUGGAGCAGGUACUAUAUAAAUCUGAUUGUCACUCACAUAUAGACUAUGGGACAUGUUGCCUUUGGUAUUAUAAUCUUUAUCUACGAAGACAAAAGAGCUGUCCUUCCAAAGCAAACACAUAAAACACCACAAACCAGGAAGGUGACUUAGUCACAAAUGAUGGAGGUGGAGAAGUAGAGGCAAAUAGAACCAAAAUAGUCAACUCAAUCUCUCCAUUUAUGUGUAGACAGGACCACACUUGCUCCCAUCCCAGGAGGAGUAUCUUAUCUCCAGGAAAAGAGAGCCCUAGAUAUACCUCAGCAAACCUAUUUCCACCUGUCAGGAAAUUCUUCUUGAAGUCAAACCCAGAUCCCCCCCAGAUAUCACAGGAACCUUAGCACAAGUUUUGCUUCUUGCUAUUUGCACCAGCUUCCCCAUGACCUGAGCUGAGCUGGUGAAGGGCAGGACUCUCAUCUCAGGGCAACUCAGAACCUAGGAGGUUUUGCUAAAAAUCAUGGGACUCCAAGUGCCAGCAACAGCUUCCAAAGAACCUCUGUCUCUAAGAACAUAGUGUGAUUAAAGUUGGCUUAUUAGUACAGACUUGACACCCUAAUUGCUGUUUCAUUUGUCACUCUGAUCCCUGAGGGAGUGUUCCAAGAACAUGGGAGCUGUUUGGGAAACACUAAACCCAGGCACCUGGCUAAGCUGCUUUCUAGCUCCCUCUACCUCCUCCUCCAAGGACCAGGUUCCUCAUCCCUCUGCCCACAACUCCAUGAAUCCAGAGUCUGCUCUCUGCCCUUGUCUUACGGCUCUACCAGGAGCACUGGGUGCAGAGCUACUCUAAGACUUCCCCAGACUGACAGAAUUCAGAGGGAGAGGGGUCCAUACUGGUAAAAGGAUGAUUCAUGCCUGGUUCUUAAGUCCUACGCAAGCACAUUCCCCCUUUCUAUCCUCCAAAUUUGUCUCAUCCAAUUUCAGUAUUUAGCCCUCCCAACCUUAAGGCAUUUAAAACUGCUGUCAACCGAACCUUGUCUCAGAAGAAGUUUGAGCUGAUGGUUUCCGAAGCUCUGUUUGUUGAAGUCGCAUUUAGCCCAUGGCUGUGGCCCAUUAGCCAUUGCCUUAGCAGGGGGUCUGGCACAGUGGUCCUUUCCCACUGGCCAGAGUUUUAGUGGGCUCUUCUGUCUUUGCCCAGGCUCACCCUUCAGACCUGUGCUUAUGCUUUCAGGUCCUAAGGAUCCAAAUGGCUACAACUUACUGGAAAAAGGAAACCCAACUGGGAGUGAGGGGGAGGAUUUGGCAAUUAUCUGCUCUCCUCUGUGACCACCAAAGGCUUCCAUACCUCUCCUCAAGUUACUGGGCUGGCAAGGAAGCUUCACCAAAUCUUCAGAGAGGGAGUGUCAGCAGAGCACCCUGGCCCUCUCGGUUUUACAGAAAGCUGAUGGGAGCUGAAUCCCACUCUUAUAUUCCAAUACAGAGGGUUAAACAGGACUAAUGCCUGAGAACCCAUCACAGAAGAUGACUGAACACUACAGGGCAUGUUUGCAUGUGUAUAUAGGACUCAGCCUUACAAAGGACCACCACUGUCCACUUGCCCAGGAAGAACCAGGAAAAAUAUUGCCAAUCCCCGAUCCCCCUCGUCAACUACCUAGGCAUCUCCCAGAACCAAGGAAAACAAAAAUCUAGUCUGGAAAUUUGGAUGCACUCACUUCUUUGCAAAGACAAAACAUUUUACACAAUGGCAAUCAUCAAACAGAAACCCCCUGGAAAGUCUUCCCUCUAAAUCUCCCCAAGUCUCGCAGUCCUCAGAAAUGUGCUGGGAUUGAUUUUAUGCUCUUUGUGUGAUCAGAGGAGGGACUGGUUUAAUUGGAGUCCUUUGCCUCAGAGCAGAAUCUGUCUGGCUGCAGAAGCAAUAUAAACAACCGCUCAGUUCAAUCUUACUGUAACUUUCUACCUUCAAAAAGCACAAGCAACAAUCUGGAUGCCUGGGAAACAUGCAGACAAACCACUGCUUUCUGCAGCUCAGGACUGCAGGAGAAGAGCUGUUGGGAUUUUCUUUGUUUAUUUGUUACUGUAGUUUUAUAACCUGUCUACCCCUGCUGGUAACUUCUUGCCUGCAGGGAUGGAGGCUGGCAAAGAGGAGGAAGAUGAAGAGAAGAAGAAAAAAGAGGAGGAGGAAGAGGAAGGAGAAGAAGAGGAGGAGGAGGAAAAAGAGGAAAUGCCAUUUGCUUCCACAAGAGAAUGGUUUAAAUUUCUGGAGUGGACUAAAGUGAAUGAAACUCCCAGCACUACCCUGGCCAACAGGUAUCCACCCAUCUGGGUAUUUUUGGAGAAGUGAUGGGAAUUAUGCACUAUACUGGCCUAUCUCCUUUCUCCCCACCCCCCAUGCAAAAAAAAAAAGGCUAACCUCCUUGCUUUAUGAACUCUUUUUUUGUAUGCAAUGUGUACACUUUAGAAGGGGAUCAAAGCAUGUCUAGCCCAGCUGUGAGAGGGCUUUCUUAAAUAAUACAUUUAUUUUUCUGAGUAGCACUCCAAAGGGAUGAUCAAAUUAAUGACAAAUAAAAGGCAACCUGACAUAA